AGCAAUAAGGAGUACAUCAUGGUAUUGCAAUUCCUCAUUCGUAUUUUGGCCAACAACGAACACUUAGUGCAACGUCUCAGUGAAUCGUAUCCUAUGCGAAAGGCUGCCCAGGUUAUCGUCAGGGCCGUAUUUUCAGGGAAAAACUUUAUAGAAGAAAGGAAGUUGCACGAGAAGCUGACUCCGGAACAAUUUCGAGCAUUGAUGAAUGAAGUAGCAGCUAAUUUUCAGAACAAGAUUAAACAAGCGCACGAGAGUAUUAAAGGGAAAAUGAAAUAAUAGUAGUAUAUAAUUAAACUGAAAUAUAUUGGGCUAUUUUAGUAAUAAAUGGAUAUUUAAUUU